UUCAGCUUGCAAACAAUAACAAUUAAAAAUAUGGGCGAUUCCACUCUAAAACUACCAGGAGCAGCGGCAGCUCCACUCAAACCACCUGCUGUAGCAGCUUUAUCCGUGAGCAGCCUGCAGCUGCCCAGUUCAGCGCCUCAGAAAUUAACAUCCGCUGCCAGCAAUGGCAAUGUCUCUGGUUCGGCAACAGGUAAUCCUCGUAAUAAAUGCGCCCUCAAACCGGGCUAUUCCCUGAUGAGCUGGAUACGCUUGUGCAAUUCGGGUGCGGAUCUUUCAGGCACGGCGGGUCGUGUUGUGCCCGUGAGCAGAACGGAGCUGGCCCGGCACAAUCAGGUGAAUGAUGCCUGGAUGGCAAUAAGAGGCAAGGUUUUCAAUGUGACACGCUACAUGGACUAUCAUCCGGGCGGAGUGGAUGAACUGAUGCGUGGCGUUGGACGCGAUGCCACCAAACUAUUCGAUGAGGUGCACGCCUGGGUAAACUAUCCCCAGUUGCUGGGCAAGUGUUAUGUGGGUCCACUCAAGGACACAGUGGCCAGCAAAAAGGCAACAGACGCGGAGCUCCUUCGACUGCCGCCGCCGUCGGCUCCAGCGGAGCUAAAGCCACGCUUCGAUUGGAUACAACAGCGACGGGAAUUGACGCUCUAUUUUUAUACGCGUCGCUGGGCCAAUCCUGGUGUACUCCUUAAGCGCAAAACGGCUGAGGAGCUGGAGGUGCGUGUGCAGCUGGCAGAGAUUUGGCAUCUCUACAACUUUAAGCUCCAUAGUGGCAUCAUUUGGCCACCAAAAGCUUUACGUGUGAGUCCAGAAACUGGAAAAAUUGAACUGGUGCUCAGCAAGCAAGAGGAGCAGCCUUGGAGUAGCUAUGGCAGCCAUGAGGCCAGCAAGACGAGCGGAGCGCCGGAGGAGGAGCUUUUGGAUUUCAUGGUGCAGCACUGCAGCCACUUUAAUCACGACUCGUUUGAGCUGUGUUUGGAGAGCGUUGAGCAAGAGUUGCUGCUCCAUCUGCCAGUUGGCUAUCACCUCGAUAUUGAGGUGCCCCAUAAUGGAGAGCGAGUGCAGCGCAGCUAUACACCAGUGCCACACAACUGCCUGCUGGCUGAGGCAUACUCAUCCUCAUCCUCUCCAAACAGUCAACGAUUUCUCAUCAAGCACUAUGAAAACGGCAUCGUUUCUAGUCAACUAAAUCAACUUGAAAGCGGUGGCAAUUUGCAAUUGACCCUGCCACGUGGCAACUUUAAUUUAGCCCAGCUGGAGGCACAUCGUCAUAUUCUGCUCUUGGCCGCUGGCAGUGGUCUGACGCCCAUGCUGAGCCUGCUACGACCGCUGCUCGAGCGGCACACAAAUCGAAUUGAACGCCUGCAGCUGCUGUACUUUAACAAAACCCAAGCGGACAUUUGGUGGAAGGAUAAACUGCUUGCCUUGCAGUCCAGCGAUGAACGUUUCCUUUGCCAGCACAUUUUGUCCCAGGAGGUCGAGGAACAGCCUCCAACUCCAAAUCAAAAUACUCGCAUUUGUCCGGAGCUGUUGGCGCCACUGUUUGAGCAGCAGCAGCCGCUGGGCGAACGUUUCAGCUAUGUGGCUAUUUGUGGACCUACUGGUUUCAAUACAGCUGCCCUGGACUCCUUGAGGAGAUUAGAAUUUAAGCUGACGAAUGUGCAUGUUUUUCAAGGCUAAAAAUUAAGUAUUUGUUUAUAUUAGUUUACAGUGGCAUAACAGAAUCGUUGGCAACAGCCGUUUAACAGCGAUUAUCGAUAAGUGAUUUCGAUUACAGCUGUUGAGCCGCCAAACAAUAACAUUUAAAUUAGGUAUUUGUUUAUCCGGAUUUUUCUGCAUAUAUUUGUUUUGCUUGCAGGUUAAUCAAAAAU